AUGGCAAAUGCUAGCUCUACCGAUCCAGGGCUUUUGAAGAAGCAUUCGGAAUUUAAAUCAUACACGACAAAUCGCUAUACCUAUCCCAAGCUACGAAUCUUCUUCCGCCGUCAUCCUCAAGCCGAUAAGCUUCCAACAGACCCGUCGCCUCUUCCUCUUCUCGUGUUUAUACAUGGGCUGGGUGGAUCGGUCGCUCAAUUUCAUCCCUUGCUCACAAGUUUGGUCAACCUAGCAUCAUGCCUUGCUAUAGACCUCCCUGGGUGCGGCAUUUCUGGAUUUCAACCCAAAUCCUGGGAUGCAUACACAACUGAGACUUUGGCCGAAUUGCUCGAGAUCAUAAUCGAGGAUCAUCGAGAGAAGAAUAAUACUCAAGGAGUUGUCUUAAUUGGACAUAGCAUGGGUUGCUCCCUGGCCGCACUGAUAGCAACCAGAGCCUCGAAUCAUGCCACAAGACUCUCGGAUCAUGUCGUAGGCUUGGUAGCAAUCUGCCCGAAAGCAGAACCGCCCUCGGCGGACCAAGUCACGCUCGUCAGAAAACUCCUCUGGGUUCCUGGUCCAAUCUUGAAUCUGUGGAGGCAAUGGGACCGACGAGGCGGAACUGAAAGUGCAAGUGUUCAUAGAUUUGUGGGUGCAGAUGCGGACGAAGAAACGAAGAAACUACAAUACCGAUUCAAUGAACAAAGUAAAACAGCCGUCUGGAGACGGAUGGCGAGUGGCUCUUUGCCCUCAUACGAACGUGGAGAUGCCAAGGGAGGUCUACCUGGACAAACUGCCUGGGCUGGACUAGAAGUGCCAGUCUUCCUUGUGGCUGGCGAAGCGGAUAAUGUUACGAAACCCGGUGAAAUUGAAAAGAUUGCCUCGUUCAUGGGAAAAUCCCAUCCUGUGCAGAUCGAGGUUGAUAGAGAGAGCAAGCCUGUUGCUGAUUCGGCAGCUCCUAUCGAUACAUCGAUUGGGCUGAAUGAAGUACCACCAAGGCGUAUCGACACUCUCCAAGAUGAUGAUUUUGUGACAGUCAAUACAGAACCACUCGAAGAUGCUCACGAAGACCCAUCUACGCCAACGGAAGGACUUUCAAUAGUUCCUCCUCAAUCCACCAGACCAAAAAAGGUGCUCAAGACUACUAUUCUCCCCGCACCUGCAUCUCACGCCCUGCUCUACCAGCCAGCGACAGUCAGGAUCUUGGCAGGUCUCAUAUCAGAUUUUCUCUGCUCGCAAGUUUCACCGCGUCUCUCUCUAGGCUGGCAACUACAAUUCCUCUCCACUUCUGGAAAAUGGGACGUGAAGAAUUUAGAGAAGUGGCAAAAGGUGGCCCCUGUUUCGGAACCCAUCGCUGGUGUUUUCCGCGCAAUGAAGACUCUACGAGAAGUUGACGAGACUCAUUGCCCCGAAGUAUUUGUAAAAGACUGGGGCUCGCAAAUCAAGGAUAUUGUUGAUAUAUCCCACGAAAGUCCCGUCUACGAUCCUCGGGGUCUUGAACUGGGCGGUAUCCACUAUCACAAAUUCCCUACUGUCUCCAAAAUUCCGCCAAGUGACGAGGAGGUUUCAGAAUUUAUUGCUGUGAUCGACCGUCUGGUUGAGGAACAAAAGAUCAGAGCAGAGAAAGAGAGCUGGACAGAGGACUGGUAUAUCGGAGUACACUGUCAUUACGGUUUCAACCGCACCGGUUAUUUUAUCGUGUGCUACCUUGUUGAAAGACUUGGCUACGACGUCCAAGUGGCCAUCGACGAAUUUGCUCGCCGGCGACCUAAGGGCAUCAAGCAUGUUCAUUUCAGAGAUCGUCUCUUCCUAAAGUUUUGCAAAGGUCUCAAACGAGCUCCAACACUAUGA